GCGCUACGGCCUCGUGCCCGCGGGUGCCCGGCCUCGUCUCCUCUUUGCACCCAGCCGGGCCGGCCGGGAGCUCCCGGGCGUCCUGUGUGCGGCCGCGAGAAACUUCCUGCACUCCUAUUAUGAGCCUGGCACUGUGGUGAAAAGCUGUUCCCUCUUGUCCGUGACCAAGUGAAUCUGACCAAGUGAAUCUUCCCAACGGCCCUGGGAGGUAAUGAUGCUGCUUGAACUGAACAAUUAAGAGUUCUAAAGUCAAAGAUCUUGAGAUCAAUAAUGGCAGGAAAAUCUUCACUUUUUAAAGUAAUUCUCCUUGGAGAUGGUGGAGUUGGGAAGAGCUCUCUAAUGAACAGAUAUGUGACCAAUAAGUUUGAUACCCAGCUCUUCCAUACAAUAGGUGUAGAAUUUUUAAAUAAAGAUUUGGAGGUGGAUGGACAUUUUGUUACCAUGCAGAUUUGGGACACAGCCGGUCAAGAGCGAUUCAGAAGCCUGAGGACGCCGUUUUACAGAGGUUCUGACUGUUGCCUGCUCACUUUUAGUGUUGAUGAUUCUCAGAGCUUCCAGAACUUGAGUAACUGGAAGAAAGAAUUCAUAUAUUAUGCAGAUGUGAAAGAGCCCGAAAGCUUUCCUUUUGUGAUUUUGGGCAACAAGAUCGACAUAAGUGAACGACAAGUGUCUACAGAAGAAGCCCAAGCUUGGUGCAGGGACAACGGCGACUAUCCUUACUUUGAAACAAGUGCAAAAGAUGCCACAAAUGUCGCAGCAGCCUUUGAGGAAGCUGUUCGAAGAGUGCUUGCUACUGAGGAUAGGUCAGAUCACCUGAUUCAGACAGACACAGUCAGCCUGCACCGAAAGCCCAAGCCUAGCUCAUCUUGCUGUUGAUCAUUAGAGAGGUUCCCUGUGCGAUCUAACCAACUUACACACACAUACACGAAAAAUCACAGGGUGGAGAAGAGAAUUAGCAUUUGCAGCAAUGGAUCACCUACUCAUAAAAUUAAACUAACCAUAUUGCUGCUUUGUUAGUGGGUGGGAGAAGGGACACAUCCACUCAUGGAAGAAUCAAUUUACUCAGUAGUGGCACCUUACAUUUAUAAAUUGUAAUGGUUGUCUAAUAACGUUUAAUUUAAAUAUGUAAGUUACAGAGCUAAUAAACGAGAUGAUCAAGACUUUAAUUACAAUUAAAACACUUGAAUAUUCUGGAAGUUAAUGUUUUUUUUUUCCCCUGGGAAAAUGGAGAACUACUUUUUAUAUGUGUAUAUUUUUGUGUAAUUAGCAUUUAAUUCCUGGUUGAGGGGGGAAAAGAUUCCCUAAAGCAAUAAUGUUAAAUAAUAAAGAUUAAAAUCUAA